CGUUAAUUUUCCCUUGUCAAUGGCCGUUCGUGAUUCAACCACCAUAUCGAGCUUAGAAACCUCUGUGCUUCGCUUUCCGCCUUCCGGUUGGCUUUCGAACUACGGCAGGGCUGGUUUUCGAUUUUACGAGGGUACGCUGGUGUGCGUUUUAUCUCUGGUCGUUGAACCUUCUCUACUUCAGAGAACAUAGCGAGUCUAUGUUCGAAGCUGUUUCUUUCUCCUAUGUGUGUUUUUUUUUAUGUGAUUGUGCAUGCCAGUUGAAGAAACCCGAAAUAUCAUCGCGUCUGCGUUUUCGAAGAAAUCUCUCAUACUCUGCGAGUUGUGACAUCUAACCUCUCGAGGUCACCGUUUCGCCGCGAGGAUGUGAGCAACGAUGCCCGCAGCAGCGCGUGAGAUCGUGAUCGCCCUGAGAUGGCCGCGACGUACGUUCCGCGCGUUUCAACGUGAUCCCUCGAGGCAAGGAGGCAACGCGAGGGAUCAGCCACGCCGCCGAGCGAUGCACUGAGGCCCGCGGCGUCGAGCACCACCGAGGACGACACACGCAGACAACCCAGCGAGCCGAGCCACGAUGGAGGAGGUGCGGGGCUCUCCUGCGCGCCGUCUCUCGCAGAUCCUCGAUCCGAUCGCGCGGCUAGCCACGGAUUUUGGCUCGAACUCUGCCCCCUGCAGCCCCAGAUUGGGCGUUCGCGGCCAUGAGGCUUCGGGGAUGGUCCAAGGAGCAGCUGACUCCUCGCGCAGGCAGCCUGGACCAGAGUCGAGUCGAGGACAGUCCAGCGGGCCGGAGAGUCCUCGACUCUGGCCGCGUCAGCUACGCCAGGCUCCAGCCCCGCCGCCGCGACCCAGACAUGCCAACAACAACGCAAACGUCGCCCACCAGCCGACCUCGUCCAGUUUGCCGCUGCCCGUGCACACCAGGGAUUCCCCGUACGUGAACGUACCGAAUCUGCUGUUCCAGAAAGAAACCAAAGGGUUCGCGGAAACUGCCAGGAGCGCUGGCUACGUCGAACUCAGGGAGACCAAGCCCAAGUGCAGCCCCUACGACUUUACGUCCGAAUCCAGCGGCCACGUGGAAUACGCCGACAAGCAGAGGACCUUCGCCGGCCAAACCGACUUGGAUGGGACGGCAGGUUGCUACGACGCCAAGGAUUUAGCCGCGUUGGCCAGAACCAGGUCAAAUUUCGAUCCAGGACCCUCGCCACGCUCGGGACAUCAACACACGGACCGCGCUUACUCGUUCUCCGGGAAGCAACCCGAACUCCCAGGGUCCAGGAUGUUCACCGAGGGACGGCUGUUCGCGGAGCAGAGGACUCCCGCGGCUAGCUCGGACGCGAAGAAAGAGAAGCUCGAGAACAGGCCCGCUUACAGCGCGUCCAAGAGCUUCGAUGGAUACUCGACCGCCGUCGAGGAGCUUAAUUGGCAGGAGAGGUGUCUCGAGCUACAACUCGAGCUUCACAGAAGCAGAAGCCAGGCCACUAGAGUACGGGACAUGCUUCGCGAAAAGCUCUCUGAGCUCGAGCAGCGGGUCUUGGAAGCGGAGGGCCGAGCCGACGAGGCGGAGGACAAGGUACGGAUGAUGGAGGAGCGGCUAGUGAAGGGUGAAUACUGCUUGAGCACAUCCGGCGUUGGUUCUCCACCGCACUCCCUGCCGUCUACCUCUGGUACGCAGAAUGACAAGAUCGAGGACGUUCACUGUGCCUGCAUCUCGAAGCUAGAGACUCAGGUCGAGGAACAGAGACAGUUACGCCUCCAAGACGCGAGGCAGGUCGAGGCGAAAGCCGCGAGGAUAAAGGAAUGGGUUACCAAUAAGUUGAGGGAAUUGGAGCAACAGAAUCAGCACCUGCGGGAACAGAAUAACAAGUGCAACCAGCAAUUGGAACUUCUGAGGAAUCACAUAACAAAUAUCGGCCUGAAACCACCUGCACCAACAAGAGCGUCGUUGUCCUUGGAAGUGAAUCCCACGCUACGCAGGCGAUCAGAGAGCCUCGAGGGAACACCGCAGGCGGUGCCAGAGAGCGUGCAGAGCGCUACAGCGGAACCUCAAGCAGGCAUCAAACACCGUAGACACCUGUCCGCUUGCGGGACUAUACAGCGAGGAAUUGCGGCCACCAACAUGGACUCGAGCCUGCUGUCCGAGGAGCUGGCCGCGGCGGUGGAGAAUCUGGUGAUGCUGCCCAACAUACCUGGCGUCUCGGAGGCCAGUAGAGAUAGUGGCAGCUCCGAGGCUAUUCACGACUACGCCGAGAUAUACACGCCAAGCAGGGAAGGUUUGAAUUGGACUCAGAGCGCGCAGGGUCCUCGACCUCCUACUCCGCCUCUUCACCGAUUUCCCAGUUGGGAAGCCAAGAUAUAUCAGGUUGCUGAUGGCGGGCUUGGCAUCGGUCCACCGACGAACGAGGAAUCCGCGCCAUCCACGAUGACCAACACGACCAGCUCGUCGAAACAUUCCCAGGCAACAGGACACAACUUGACUGCGCACAAUUCCCAAGGCUAUUGCGAUAUUUCGGUUCCAGUUUACGCAACGGUCAAGGGACGAGCCAGUCAAAUUAGGUCCAUGCCAUUCGGUGACAGUUCCGACGAUAGCUCGGACGGCGAAGAGCACCCGAAUCAAACCGAGACCAACACGAGAAUCACCAACAGCUCAUCGGAUAAUACGGACUCUUCCCUUGGCAGUGGAAGUAGCCCGUCGAAAAGCGUAAAAACCACCAGCAGCCUUAGUCCUGCCAAGAACAGCUCUAGCGGUUCUCCUAGCAAGAGCGUAAAACGUGAUACCUCUCUGGAGUCUGGCUUAUCGGAGGAUUACGCGAUACCACCCGACGCGCUCAGUUCAACCUCUCUCGAGUCCAGCAUGCCAAGUCUGCUGAUGCGCGUCUCAGGCGAGAGCCCCAAGAGACAAGAGUCUCUGGAGAAGACUGGUCAUCUGGCGAAACUCGGGGGUAAGCUGAAAACUUGGCGGAAGAGAUGGUUCGUCCUGAAGAACGGGGUGCUCACAUAUUGGAAAAGUCAGAACGACGUCAAUAGAAAACCUCAGGGUCAAAUAGUGUUGGACGAAGUGUGCAGGAUAAAUAGGGCGGAGGGUGCUGCUACGUUUGAGAUAGCCACUGGCAAGAAGACGUAUUACCUGACGGCGGAUUGCAUUGCAACAAUGGAGGAUUGGAUAAGGGUGCUGCAGAAUGUACAAAGGCGGAACGCGACCAAGCUUCUACUCAGUAAGGAGGACAACAAGCCGACGAUACAGGGAUGGUUGACGAAGGUGAAGAACGGGCACGCCAAGAAAUGCUGGUGCGUCCUCAUUGGAAAAAUGUUCCUUUACUUUAAGUGCCCUAACGAUACGAAUCCUAUUGGACAAAUAAACAUGAGAGACGCGAGAGUGGAAGAGGUUGAACACGUAUCCGAUAGCGAUAGCGAGGAGAGAGACGCCGAAUGCCCUCACGAAAGAACGAUCGGCAUCUUUCCUACCCAUCAGGGUCCUACGUACUUGCUGAUGCCUCACAAACAGGACAAAGAUAACUGGCUGUAUCAUUUGACGGUGGUUUCGGGAGGCGGGCCUAGCGCGGGAACUCAAUACGAGCAACUGGUGCAAAGAUUAAUGGAAACUGACGGUGAUCCUAGUUGCGUCCUCUGGAGACACCCGUUGCUGCUCCAUACGAAAGAGAACAUCACUAGUCCACUAACCAGCUUGACAUCCGAAGCCUUGCAGUGCGAGGCUAUCAAGCUAUUCAAGGCUUGCCAGUUGUUCAUGUCGGUAGCCGUGGAGCAAGCAGGCAUAGACUAUCAUGUGGUACUAGCACAAAAUGCGUUGCAACAAUGCUUAGACCAGCCUGAACUACAGUCUGAAUUCAUCUGUGCUCUGGUAAAGCAGACAAGUCGUCACACACAACACCGUUUGGGCGUACAGGUAAAAAAGGCCGCCAGACUUGUGUCGCUGGGUACUGCGCGCGUUCAGCUCCUCCUCUGCGCCACGCAAUCGCUGUUCACCUGCGAUACGCAAAGUCCCGCGGCAAAUGGCAGCGGUGAAAAUGCGGACGCACAAUCGACGGCCUCCACUUCUCACAGUCCUCCGCUCACGCAGGGCCACUCGACGUCUACGAUUCUGGACUGCAAAACUAAUCCCGCCCAGUACGUUCUUAUCCAGGGAUGGCAGCUACUCGCUCUCGCUGUUUCACUCUUCCUACCCAGGAAUAAUCGGCUACUUUGGUACCUGAAGUUACACUUGCAAAGAAACGCGGACACCAAAACGGAAUGUGGCAAGUACGCAGCUUAUUGCGAACGAGCUUUAGAGAGGACACUGCAAAACGGUGGAAGAGAAGUGAAACCUUCGAGAAUGGAAGUCCUGUCGAUACUGAUGAAAAAUCCUUAUCAUCAUUCCCUACCGCACGCGAUACCGGUUCAUUUUUUAAACGGCACAUACCAGGUUGUGAGCUUCGAUGGCAGUACCACGAUAGAAGAGUUUUUGAACACUUUGAAUCAGGAGAUCGGCUGUCGGGACGUCCAUCAGUCCGGUUUCACGUUAUUCAGCGACGACCCAAUUGAAAAGGAUCUCGAACACUUUAUCGACCUUCAAGCUAAGCUAUGCGAUAUAAUCUCAAAAUGGGAAACAGCGUUGAGGGAGAAAGGUUCAGGAAAAUUCGAGAAUACCAGGGUGAUACAAUUAACGUACAAAUCGCGAUGUUACUGGCGGCAGGCGGCUAAAAUGGAAACCGAUAGGGAGAGACUUCUUCUUUGUUAUCAAGUGAAUCAACAGGUCGUGCAUGGCAAGUUCCCCGUGAAUCGCGAGCUUGCGUUUGAACUCGCAUCUUUAAUGGCACAGAUCGAUUUCGGAGAAUAUAAUAACGAUAAGGCACGGGGAAGUGGGCCAGGAAGCAAUCCGCACCACUUAGUACUUCAGGCCCUGGAUAAAUUUUAUCCUAUACGAUACAGAACAAACAUCACUGCCGAACAAUUAAGGCAACUACAAGAGAGACUACAAGAAAAAUGGAUCGCUUUGAAAGGUCGCAGUGUACUAGACUGUGUUCGCAUAUAUCUAACUUGCACCAGGAAGUGGCCUUUCUUCGGAGCGACACUUUAUCAAGCGAAAUUGAAGCAAGUCGAACCGACGACCGUGUGGAUAGCCGUCUCCGAGGACAGUGUAACGUUACUGGAGCUGCAGACGAUGGCGGUGGUGUGCCGUUACAAUUACGCGAAUAUAGUUACAUUUGGAGGAUGUUUAGAUGAUUUUAUGCUGGUCGCUUGUCCUGACGAAGGAGCCGCGGAACAGAAGCUUUUAUUUGCACUUUCGAAACCUAAGAUUUUGGAGAUAACGCUACUGAUCGCCGAUUAUAUGAAUGCCUUGGGACACGCUUUACCUGGUACUCCACAAAUGAACACGUUGACCCGUAAUGGAUCCCAUCGAUCCAUCAAAUCCACUUUAAGACCCACAACUGGUUCGAGCUGUCUUCCAACACAACCGGAUAUUUUGAAGUCGACGCCAGACCACCAAAGACCUUAAAAACUCUGCCCAAUAGAAUUCGGAGGAGAGGAAGCAGAGGAAUAUUACUCUUGGUUCGUGAAAAGUCUGAUCCUGCCAAGGCACUAACUUUAUACUCGAAGCUACUACAGCCUGUAUUAUAACGAUUCGCGCGACAAAAAAAAAAAAGAUGAGGAAACACUGGUCGAGUGUGUGCUGUAGUUAAUCUUUUAGUUGCGUUUUGUGUAAAUUAGAAACGAUGCUUACGAACGACGUAUUUAUGUAAAUAUACCUGACAACAUAUGCAGAACACAUACACACACACAUUCUGUGGUCCACGUUACGCGAUUCAAACGUGGGUGACUGACAAAAAAAAAAAACCCAAUCUAAACGAUCCGUAAACACUGCCUAAAAGUAAAUUAGUAUGUCUGAAUUAACAUCGAAUAGUUACGUUGGAAAGCUAAGGCAUCGUGCUGAAGACUUUUUGCUACCGUAUUUAUAUACCAAAUUCAAAACGUUUAGCCGUAAGGUAAACUGCUACGUGAAAGUGGUGUAUCACAUACUAUGUACAUAAUUAAUCGGAGUUACUGGAUGUUUAGAAGUCUAGCGAGUGAUGCAGCGAUACUUUAGUCUUCGAUAUGAGAGUACGCCAAGAAAAGAUUCUUACUUCUUGCCAAAUCGACCCGCAAUUCACGUUCGAUGGGUUGCAACGGAACAUAUUGCAGCUGCAAAAUGAGAACGCACGUGAUCGUUAUUUACAGUGGAGUCUUUUAUGUAAACUAAUUUGAGAUUAAGAGUGUUCGGAUAAAAGAAUUUUCACAUAGAACAACUGGUCAG